GGACGAGUGUUGCGUAAAGGAGUGGCACAGGAUGCGUUUAAAUAGCCGCGCUCACCAACUUUCACGCAUCACAACUUCUUCAGCUCUGCACACUGGUUUUACGCAUCGAUACUUUGCGCUCUGUGAAGAUGCGUUGCGCACUUUCAACUCUGCACAUGCUGCACUCCUCUGUCCUUGCGCUGUGGAUCACGGCUCUCCAGGGAUUCAGACCUGCAGAUGCUACCCCCAACCCUUCUCCCCUCCUGGGCUCCAAUUGGGGGAACCCGCGGAGGUACAUCCACCUUCAGACCACUUCGGACUCAAACAACUUCUACUUAGAGAUCAGCCCGAAUGGACAUGUGCGCAAAACUACAAACAGGGGGUCCUACAGUGUAAUUUUAUUGAAAUCAGAGAGCAGAGACCGUCUCGCAAUAUUUGGAGUGAAAAGUAACCGAUUUUUGUGCAUGGACGCAGGAGGAACUCUUUUCACUUCUACGGUUUGCAAUAAGGAAGACUGUCUUUUUCACCACAAACUUUUGGAAAACCAUCGUGACGUGUAUUACUCCACCAAGCAUGGCAUACUGCUUAACCUGGAUGGGGUGAAACAGGUGUUCAUAGCGGGACAAAACCUCCCACAGUCCUCUCUCUUCUUAUCCGAGAAGAACACUGUUCCACUGGAGCGCCUGCAGCACCGGGAGAGGAGAAACCGACAGGUGAAUCCAUCAGACCCGCUGAACGCGCUCCGGUACGCAGAGGCGUCAGACUCCAGAGCUGCUCAGGAGGAUGAUGGGGACUUGGACUUUGAGCCGUCAGAGGGUCGAAACAUCUCCAGGGAAACUCUGGUUUCCCCUUCCGAUGAUGACCCGUGGGAUCUUCUUCACGACUCGAGCCCCGGCAGUCCCCGGAUUUCAGCAGUUGUCGGAUAAAAUUACAGAUCCUCCAUGGCUGGACUGUUGAACCGCCGCUGCUUUGCGCAAAGUCGAUGCGCCAGCGUUUUCAUCAUAAAUAGCCUAAGUGUUUUUAAGGACAUAUAUUUCAAAUCAAUUUCACGUGUGCAUUCUAAAAAGUAAAGGUUUCAAAAUAAAGGGUUUUUGCAGUGAUGCCAUAGAAGAACCAUUUUUUGGUUUCCCA